GUUGUUUUCAGCAUCGAGAGAAACUCCGGUUUUUCGCUGAAAUCCACCCGCCCACCCCCGGUCCCUCCCACGACAGGGACCCAUGGGAUCCUUAAAAAGAUCCAUGAUUUUUGUUUUCCUUGCACUUCGUAAAGCGAUACUCUCUGAGAAAAAGUCCGACGACAAACACGACAGAUAAAGAAGAACGGAAUUGGGGCAGAUACUAGAUAGUGAAGAAACAAUGAGUAGCCUUGAUGGGGACAUUGAUGCCAGGUACUCGCUAGUUAUGUAUUUCCCUAAAUGCCGUGCAAUCACUUCGACUCUUGACUUCCUAUCCUUCUUAUUCUGUGUUCUCCGGUUAUGGGAGCAGCGAAGAAAAGUGGCUUUGCCAUCGCUCUGGCUUAUUACUCUUUGCACCAACCUGCCCCUUUCUCCUUCUCCAUCUCUUCCUUGGGCAUCAACUUCACCUGAUACAACACAGAAGAGGAAGUAAACGAAAAUGAAUGAAAAUACAACGUCUCCGGCGUCUCCCAGCGACAAAACCACGCCGCCGCUGAGGAGCACUACUGUGCUGCGCUCCUCAACCGCAAAUGGCGCGGCGGCGGGAGGAUCGAAUGCCGGGUUCGCAUCCAUUCGACUGAACACUUACCACGAUUCGAGCGAUCUGAAGGCGGCGCUGCGGGAACUGGGAGCGGCCUUUGCAGGGCUUGACGACGACGCAGCCACGUCCUCCGCCCCCGCCGACUCUCCCUCUCCGGCAGUGUUUUCCAGAACGAAACCUAUUCGCAAAAACGACAGUAGCAGCCGCGCCACCAGCUCCGCACACCAAAAUGCAGUUUCUUCUACCAAUCAAGCUAAGGUGACUGUGGACGCUUCCCCCAAGGCAGCUGCGGCUCUGUCCUCCGUUUCCUCACCUCUUCCUCCCUCGCGCAGGAGGACAGGAGGUGGCCCUUCGCGCUUCUUGCAGCUGCCGCCUCAGCUCAUGCUGCGUUGCUUUGCGUUUUGCGAUCUCAAAGCGCUCGGCGUGCUCUGCCGCGUCUCUGUGCGCAUGAACGUCAUUGUGGAGCAACAGGGCCACACGCUGUGGGCUGAUGCCGCCCUGCGCCGUCGCAUCCCCAUCGCCAACGUCUCUGUUUCGCGGGAUGAGCUGCGCCGCGCUGUAGAACAGCAGGCACACGCGCGGCAUGCCGAGGAGGAAUUCUAUGAAAAGGAGAUCGCCCGCAUGGAGGAGCGACUGCGGGUGCGUGCCGAGGACGUGUACGCGCAGAACGUGGACGUGGAUCGCACCAUCGCAACUGGCGGAGCGCAGACCGCCGCAACGGACGCAUCUGGUGCCACUCUGCCGUACUGGCUCAAGCAGCAACGGACGAUGGAGUGUGGGCGUGGUGACGGUGUCGCGGAAGGGUCGUUUGCCGCGGCCAAAGGAUCCACGUCAGCACAGCUUUGUGCGAAACUGCGCACCGAAAUUGAGGCGCUGGAGGAAACAAAGCGGUUGUGCGAGUGUAAGCUGGGCCUGCAAGAGGAUUCGCUCCGUCAGCAAGAGGCGCAGCUGCAGCAGUGGCAGGCGUUUCUCUCUCCCGGUGCGGUCGGCGGUGCAGCGACGUUAAGGCCUGCGAACGGCUCACUGGAGGAGACGGCAGCGUCACCUCUCAUCAACGCUGCCCAAUUGGCGCAGUUCGAGCGCCGCGUGGCGCGGUUGGUGCUGAACGGCAGCAUCACCACUGCGAUCACCACCGGUGCAGGUGCAAGUGCAGGCGAUGAUGAAAACGUGGGAGGCAUCCCCUUUGUGUUUCGUCGCGGCGUGGAGGACUUUGCCACCCUGGAACUCGUCCUACGGGCGAUGGAGACAUGCGCGUCCGUUGAGAGCGCAGCUCCCUCUGUUGAAGGCAGCCAUCCCGCUCCGUCCGCCGUCGCACGUGACGCCGGAAAGCGGUGGCGUGCCUUCCAACAGGUGUGUCCGGUGAACGAGGAGUACGGCAAUGUGCGCUGUUACUUGAGGUCGCAAGAGCUGCGGGCGGCGGUGCCCAGCACAACGAGCAAUCUCCAACCCAGCGGCGACAGUGGUGGGCGUCCUUCGGCAAAGCAGACGCCAGCGCUCCUGCGUGUCUCCGGCUUUGUCCGUCGAGUGGAAGCGAUGACGGAUGGCCAGGUGGUGCAGUCGUGGAUGUAA